AUGCUGGUCGACCAGGCCUCGCCAGCAAUGGUCGAUUUAGCUCGCCUACUAACAUGGAGGAGCAGGAGGAGCAUUGAGAAAAGCAAUCCGCGUGCAGCUUUUAAGGAUCUAGUGCGAAUAUUUAAAGAGCGGACUGGAGUCGAGCGCACAGCAGCAGCACUUAAGGCCCGAUGGGCAAAACUAAGCAUUGAGCAGCAGCCAGCAGGAUCAUCUCGUGUGGAAUGCAAGAGGAUUAUCUGUCGACGAUUCGAGGAGGAAACCGGACACUCUUUUAGUGCCGAUAAGCUAAGAAAGAGGUGGUACGCCAUUAGAAAUAGGAACAAUGCUGAGAUCUGUACAGCUAAGAUUUACCCUCCCCCUGAAAGUGUGAAUCGACUAGGUAGCCAAGAAGCGAAUCAAGGAGAGACCGAUUUCCAGCAACCCACACAGGGUGAGAAUUUAGAUAUUAGAACUAGGGAAAAUAAAGAUUCUGACGAUUCCACCGAAGGAGAACCAAGCCUCGAGGAAUACGAAGUUUUCAGAAGGUACGUGCAGGCGGCGAUGAGGGGGUUCUCCCGCAGUCCGAUUCUAGGAAGACUAAGAAAUGCUUCGGAGGAAGCUCUCCUUCUAGCUGGUAGAUGCGUCCGCAAGGCGUGGGAAGACAAGCCAACCGGCAUGUCUCCCAUAGGAUGGCUCAAUGCACUUGUCUAUGCAGUGCUAAUUUAUAAGAAAGGGGAUGCCAAGAACCCCAGCAAUCAUAGGCCUAUAACAUACACCCGUUCAACUGCGGACCUUUAUCAGUCGAGGUAUGCAAAAGUGGACGACCAGGUUCGAACUAAAGAAGAAAAACCCAACCAGACGAUGGACGAUAGAAAGAACGAACUGGAUAGGAGUAAAGAACGGCAUCUUUCAAGGACGAAGGAAGAUUUGGAGAAACAGUUGUCUCUAGUAAGAAAGAUAUCAGAAGGAAUUGGACUGAAGUUAAACACGACGAAAUGUACUCGGGUGCACUUUAUUCCUCGGAAACAAUCAACCAAUAUUGAUUCUAUGAGAGGUUUUACAGACUUACUACCAUUCGUUACUGAGACAAAUCUAUACAAAUAUCUAGGAGUCAAAGAAACACUACGACAAAACCGAACUACGUUCGACAAGGCUAUAGCAGACUUCAAAGAGCGUACUGUUUUGCUACUGAGAUCAGGAUUGACUUGGCGACAGAUACGACAAGCGUAUUUAUCACUUGCUGUGUCCAAGCUGAGUUACCUGUUCUUGGUGGCAUCACAGGCGCUUCCUAAAUUUAACGAAUUAACCGCGAUGGCUAAGAACAUCGACAACGAGGUGCCGGAUUUACUGCGGGCUGAGAAGGUAAGAUUCAAAGCUCAGUCGGUAAGCUGUUUGUACCUCUCCAGCGCUCGCGGGGGUUGUGGGUGGCCCUCAGUCGAGCUUGAGCUCAAGAAACAGGUUAUUCUUGCGUGGUCGUAUGUAGUUGAACACUCAAACAUGUCUAAUGUAUUCAGAUUUUUCCAGGCUAUUUCUAGAGGUAACAAACGUAGUAUUUACAAAGACGGAUGGACAAUACUGAAGGAAACUGGUAUCGAUAUCACUGUUAGCGACAACGAAGCCACUCUUGACAACUGCUACGAGGAAAAACUCUUUGGGAAUUGGUCCGAAUCCCCCUUGGCUGGUCGGGUCUGUAGACUGGACAAAAUCGAUCACCAGGCUUCUUGGUGGUGGCUGGAGAAAGGUCUAUUAGCACCUGACAAUCUGAGGAACGCCUUGGCCGUACAAGAGGGGUGUAUCCGAGUACGUGCUGCACCAAUGAUGCGAGGAGAGCAGUGUGACAAGAGCUGUAGAGUCUGUGGACAUGAACUCGAGACCGUCGAGCACGUGAUUAGCCACUGUUCUCAUUGGCUGACCUCAUUAUACAUCUCGAGACAUGAUAAUGUCGCGAGAAAGCUCGACAUUGUUUUAUAUGAUGGGGAACAGAAGGUCGUAAUAGUGGUAGAAGUGUCGGUACCUUUCGUUACAGGUGUACGACAUCAAAUCGAAUUGAAAACGAAUUGCUACACAGUGAACACUCUACCACAAGAGGACGACAACGAUCUACCGUAUAGAUCUGGACCGAACCUCUGCAGUGAUGUUCAUGACACUACAGAGUGGGAAGUCCGGUUUAUACCGGUAGUUAUCGGCGCUUCAGGUGAGAUACCAGUUGGAUUAUAUAAUAAGUUACAGAAAACAUUCGAUAUUGGACCAAACAAAGCUAGGGAUAUGGUGGAGCGAUUGAGUCGUGAAGCGGCUCUCGAGACGUCGAGGAUUAUCAAAAACCACUUAAGUCGCUAA